GAAGACGUGAGCUAUUGGUUAGUGCAGGCCUAUUUGUUUGAUUUGCCAUCUGACUACAGACAUGGAUCUUUUCUGUUCCUUGCUAAGUAUUUUUGUUUUUACAGUUGCACUUAUAGAACCUACCACAAAUUCUGAGAAUUUAACACCCAUCGUUCCUGGAUAUAAGCUGUCUGAUCGUCAAUUUGAGAAUGCUUCAGACUUCAGCCAAGUAUCCAGAGUGUCACUGGCAGUAGAUAAUUACAAAGUAUCUACUGACAUGGGGGGCUUCACUAAACGUCAUGAUGGACUUGAUUUCACCAAGGAGACUACUGUUAUUCAGACCACAAACACGCUGAGAUCUGAAGUGGAAACUGUGGAACAUAUCCAACUGUAUACCACAGACACAUUUCUUGCUGGAACAGGACACCUCAAUAAAGGGUACAAUGUGUACAAUGUGACAACAGAUCAAGAUAAACUGGGCACACUUACCCCUCAAUCAGAGCGCAAUACAACAGUAUGGAAUGACACAUUAGUAUUACAGAUGGAAAACAUGCCCUUGUAUGCAGCUACCACUCUUCUCAAAUUAACCACAAUCAUGGUAAUAUUACUCGGUACUGCUCUAAUCACAGCAUCCAUGUGGAGAAUAUGGAGCAACUAUUUUAGAUCCCUCCCUAUUGAGUAUAAUAUUAAAUACACAAUGCAGUACAGUAAUGAAGAGUUCCUUACUGUCGAAUAUCAUGACACAGUUACUGUUUAGAAUGCUUAAAAUGCCACCUCCAUGAACUUACCCAAAACACACCCAGAAACAAAUAUCUCCUCUCCUCUGGUCCACCACACUUAGUUUUUGAUUCCUUUUCACCUUUUACCCUUCUGCCCGUAUCCUUACUGUCUAAGUGAUCCAUUACUGCAUAUGUCAACAUGCACACAUCCCCCCUCCACACACACACAAGAAUAUACUAAUUCGAAAAUGCUCUUCAGUUAACAACAGUGUCAUAGUGGAUACAGCUAUGUUCAAAUUGACCCUUGUACCACAGAGAACAAUUAUACUUUUGAAAUCUGUAUUCUACUAGUAAAUUUAGGUGUAUGUGAAGUGAAUUAUCAUGUGAAGAGUGUAAUUUCCAGGUGGUAUCAUAAGAGCUUCCGAGU